UUGUUAUGUUUACGUUCGAACAUACCGUCCUUCUGUCUCGUCACUAAAUUCGCCUGUCAAUCGCCUACCGUAUCCACUGAUUUUCAGGAUGAAGCGACCGCUUCUCGUCCUUGGCACUUUUCAUUCAGCUUGUCGCAGGUCACUUUGAGAGCUCUGAAUGUGGAACAGAGAAGAAAUGCUUCUUUACACCGGCGGGAUGCGAGGAUAAAGGCCAGUGCCAUCAUAUGUUCUCCUACAACGCCAGAAGACGAUGGUUGGGUUGAUAUGGAGAUUUUCUCCAACACUAGCGAGAAACCAGCCAAUAACUACAUUGCUGUUGGGUUUUCGGAGGACGAAGAAAUGGGAAGCGACUGGGUGACGCAGUGCGUGUUUCCCAAGGAAGGAAAACCAACUGCUCAUUUCAGUUAUAAUGUUGGCAAAAGUAACACACCAGUCUCUGAUCCAAUGGAUAUGAAAGCUGAAGAAGAAAAUCUGAAGCUUGUUCAUGCUCACAAAGGAGAUGACGGCAUGUAUUGCCAUAUUAGGCAAAAGAGCGCC